UGAGUGUCUUGAGAACAUUUCACCUUCCAUUUGCGUCUCUGUCUUUCGAACACCUGACAUUUCCGAUAUUUCGCGUUAUUUUCAGAGCCGAUAUUUCUCUUUGUUUUUAUAAAUUUCAGGAUCCGAUAUUUCGGACUCGAUCUAGAAGAUGUGUGGAGGAGCAAUCAUCUCCGAUUUCAUCCCGCCGAGCCGAUCGCGGCGACUUACAGCGGAUUAUCUGUGGCCGAACAUCAGGAAGGGUGGCAGAAAUGACUACUCGAAGCCGCUGAAACCGAAGAUCGUUGGAUUGGAAGACGAUUUCGAGGCCGAUUUUCAGGAUUUCAAGGACGAUUCGGACGAAGAGGAUGAAGUAGAGGAUGUAAAGCCGUUUGCUUUUCCCAAACCGGAUUUCUCUCGAGAAGAUUCUAUUAGUACCAAAUCUGUGGAAUUCAGUGGGUCUGUGGAGAAAUCUGUGAAAAGGAAGAGAAAGAACCAGUUCAGAGGAAUCCGACAGCGUCCAUGGGGGAAAUGGGCUGCCGAGAUCAGAGACCCAAGAAAAGGAGUUCGGGUCUGGCUUGGGACCUUCAAUACUGCUGAAGAAGCUGCAAGAGCUUAUGAUGCCGAGGCUCGGAGGAUCCGAGGCAAGAAAGCCAAGGUGAAUUUCCCUGAAGAACCAUCCACGGUCACUCCGAAACGCGCUGUGAAACCAAGUUCUCAGAAAUCUCUGAAGUCUGAGAAAGCCACACCCAAUCAAUCCUUCAAUUUCAUCAACAACUCGGAUCAUGAGUUCUACGAUACUCUUGGGUUUAUGAGCGAGGAGUCGUCUGUUAAGCCAUCUGGGUGUUUGGGUUCCUUCCCCGCAAAUGGAAAUCCAGUGGAAUUCAAUUCUGUCAUGCCUUCUGAUGGUGGGCGCCUUUGUUUCAACUCAGAUCAAGGGAGUAAUUCUUUUGAUUGCUCUGAUUUUGGGUGGGAACGUGAGGCCAAAACCCCUGAGAUCUCAUCCAUUCUCGCACCUACACCAGAAACUGAUGAGUUAGAAUUCAUAGAAGAUGCGAAUCCGAAGAAAAGACUGAAGAACAAUUCUGAGAAUGCAGUGCCGGUCGAGGAAAACAUGACAAUGGAACUUUCUGAAGAGCUGUCGGCCUUCGAAUCAUGUAUGAAAUUCCUGCAGAUCCCUUACCCCGAGGGUAGUUCAGACCCAUCUAUUGAGAGUAUCCUCGGUGGGGAUGCGAGCCAGUUUGGUGGGAGCUCAAUUGACCUCUGGGGAUUUGACGACCUGCUGCUGGAGGGUGGCAUGUACUGAGGUGCUGUAAUCUGGCUGCUGGUGUUUUGUAAAUAAGUUAAAUGGAUCUUCGUCAUCAAUGGCAGAUGAAAUGAGGAAGAAGAACAGAUCUGCUUCCAGCUAUGGAGAAUUUCCCAGUAAGUCUGGUUUAUGAAAGUAUCGGAGUAAUAGUUUUUAAAUACUUGUUACCUUAUCUCUAUUUUUAGUUGUUUGGAUUUGGGUUUCUAUGGUUAUGAUUAUGUGAUGAAACUGGAACGGAUUAAAAACUAUUGCUGUUUGUUC